AUGUUUAGAUAUUUAUACAAGGAUAAAAACCCUUUGGCAGGAUUAGUAAAAAGAUAGUACAUGUAUUAUAAAUGGGAAUAGCAGGGUUAUAUAUAGGCUCUUCUAGCCAGAACUAGAAUAAAUAAUUUAAAUGGUAUUUAAGAUCCCAUAGAUAAAGCUUAUGAAGAAGUUAAUCUUCUAGAAAUAGAUGAGCAUUACUAAUUAGCUAAGUCUGAUCAUGUUGAAUAAGUUUAUAAACAACUAAACGUUCUCAAUAAAUUAACUUUGGGAGAAUCAGAUAUAAUUUUAAAUAAAAAAUAUGAAGAGCUAUCAAAAAUGACAUAAAUUAUUGAUCCAGAUAAAUUUCCAAUUUUUUCGUUGAUAGAAACAAUUGAUACACAUGAAAUAGUAAGUAUAUGGGAUUAUAAAAGCAAAGACCUACUUCCUAAAAUUAAAAAAUAACUAGGGUUCACUUUAUAGGUCAAGGAUAGCUCGUUAGAACAUCAUUCUGCUGGUGAAGGAGUAUUCCUUAAUUGUGCAGAUGGUCUUUCUGUUAUUCCAACAGGUAGCUUUUUAGGUUUUUUAGGAGGUGUAGUGUAUGAUUCUUUAACAGAUUACAAUAAUUCUAAUUCAUCAGAUAAACUACCUGACACUUACAUUCAUAGAUUUGAUAAUACAGUCAUUGAUUUUGCUUAAAAAAUUCCAUAUCCAUUUAUUUAUGGUAAUUCAAUUAAAGAUUACAUCUUCUUAAUGAGCCAGAGAAAAGAAAGUGAAAAAGUCCAUAUAAAAGAAGUUCCUUCUAACUUUAUUAAUCCUUUUUCUAUCGGUCAUAAGAUUAAUCAUCCACCAAAAUUCUCCUCUCCUAAUGUUAUUUUCCUCGAUAUUUAUAUUCCCAUGCAUUUCUUUAGUGAAUCUUUUAUCAAGUUUUUCCCUUUCAUAAGAGCUGACUCUCCUAAGCAAUCCUCUUUGAUUUCAAAAAAAGAUAAAAUAGAUUAAAAUGUGGAUCAUUUUCAUGGCAUAGGUAUAUUUGCUUUAAGAGAUAUUUAUGAUGGCGAGGAGCUUUUUGUUGAUUAUUUUGAUUGCAAUUUUUAUGAUGUUGACAAUACUCCUGAUUGGCUAGUUCGUCCUCCUCCUUUAGAUCCUUAAUAUACAAAAUAAGAAUUUGAAUAUGGAUUUUCUAUGUUGGCUAAGUUAAUUGAUAGAUUUAUUUUAAGUAAACAACUUUCUGUUUAUGAGCAAUUUGCUAGAAAAGUAUCUCAUGAUCCUUCGAAAGAAGAUCUAGAAGAGAAAACAAAACUCUUAAAAAAUUAUCCUAAAUAAUUUAAGAAAUAUUUUUAAAAUUACGAAAACGAUGGAGUUGAAGAGGGUUACUUUGCAAAAAAGAUACAGUAAAAAUAAAAGCAGCAAAUUAAAAACAAAGACUGA